AAAAAAUGCAAAUUACAAAUUUACAACCCGUAGCUCCGACGAAUAAUUAAAAAAUAUACAGCGCUUCUUGGUCUCAUUUAACGACCACCAUUAUCGUUGGAGUGAGCUCCACGAGAUUCAAAAUAUUCAUAUGGUUUUUUCCGGAAAUCACAAGUAUAAGUUCAAAUCAGCUUCAACCGUGUCGGAUUCAAAGUUAUUUCUGCAUAUUUUAGGGUUCAUCUAACUGAAGAUGGCGACAACUGCUCCAACAAUCUUCCCUUGGAUUUCCGAAGAUGACCUCUUGUUGAAGAACGCUGUGGAGGCAGGUGCUUCUUUGGAGGCACUUGCUAAAGGUGCAGUGCAAUUUUCUCGCAGAUAUACAUUACAAGAACUGCAGGAACGGUGGCACUCACUUCUGUAUGAUUCUGAUAUUGCGGAACAAGCUUCGGUUCGCAUGAUAGAGCUUGAACUUAAGGCUAACAGACCAGAAUACAUAAAAGAAAAAAAGGAGGUGCCUCGAAAGAGGAAACUCAAGACCAUACACAAGCAGUACCAUGCUUUGCGAAAGAAAUUUCGAAAUGAUUUUUUCAAUUCCACUGAUCUGUGUUUUCUGGAAGGACCCAGUUUACAAGACUUUAGUGGUCAUGAAAAUGUGCCUCAUGACAGAAAUGUCCUUGGGAACUGUAUUUCAGAUAAUCUAAGGUUCCAGGAAGCGGAAUUGGACAUCCUGCGUAAUGCUUUCCCAGAAGCAUUGGCUGAAAUUGCUUCCACGUCUUGUAUCGCAUAUCAAACUGGAUGCAGUAAUACAGCUGGUGAUAAUCAAGUAACUGAAGCUUCGAGGAAUAUUGUAUUUUCUGAGGGUUUUUCUGCUUCACUAAAAGAGAGGGCUACUUGUAUCCAGCCUAGCAAUGAACUCUGUGAAGUACCUCAUGUUCCCAAAGAUACCCCCCUUAACUAUGGAAAAUGCUCAGUUGGUGAAGGAUGCUGUCUACCAUCAGCUACUUCGGAUGGUGAAUUCACAGACCUCCCUGAUUCACUUUUGAAUCUUUCAAAUGAUGAUGAUAUUCUCAUGGAGGACGAGGAUGUGAGGAACAUAUUAGAUAACUCAUCCGAUAAAAAUGGUAUACUCAUAAACUCUUCUGAUUGCAUCCAGGAAAGCGGGGCAUAUACUCAUGAAUCUGAGACAUUAAUUGAUUCAAAGACAUCGCCCUUGCCUCCAGAUGGUGCAGAGUGCAUUGACUCAGAAAUGGUUGCUCCUUCCACAUGUGACCAGGAAAUUACUUGUUAUCGAGAGACUAUUGCGUCAACUAACUUAACUUCAAACGCAGAAACAAAUAAAUCAACUGAUGGUAGCAUUUGCUGCACAUUAAAUACGGAGGACACUGAAAUCCCCUGUAAUGAUGAUAUAUUUUUACUUAUCCACCCAUCAACAUCUUUUGGUUCUGCUGUGACAGAACCGAGGAGUGCACACUAUUUGGACACACCAUCUGUUGCUAAUACAAAAGAUACUAAACAAUCAAUGAAUUCCGUGACAAGAGGGAAAUGUUAUGUGCCAUCUCUUGCAUGGUCUCACAAGAUUGGACACAACAUAUUAGGAGAACCGCACAUUCAGCAUAGCGCAAAAUCCAAGUUGACUGAAACUACCCGCCCCCCUUUGCUUUCUGGGGAGCCAAACAAGGUACUUUCUGACUCAAGGCAAGGCAGGACCUUGCAAGGAAUUCUGGAGGCCCCCCUUGGUAGAUUGCAAGAGCAGGGUGCUGCUAUAACUGGAUUGGUUGGAGAUGCAUCAGAUGCCCACCCUGGAAUGCCACAAUUUUCCGAACAGGGUUGUGUUGAUGUAGCUGCUGUAGAAUUGUCAGUCCACCCCUCAACAUCAGAUCAGGAAGAACCAACAAGUGAUGAUGAUGUACCUUAUUUUUCUGACAUUGAAGCUAUGAUACUCGACAUGGACUUAGAUCCAUCUGAUCAAGACUCCUAUACCGCAACACAAUUGAUAAGAUAUCAUCCCGAAGACAGUAAAAAGACAAUUAUAAGGUUGGAACAGUGUGCGCUCUCUUCUAUGCAUAGAGCGAUGUCAUCUCAAGGGGCGUUUGCCAUCUUGUAUGGCCGUCAUCUUCGGUACUUCAUCAAGAAAACGAAGGUGAUACUGGGAAGAUCUACAGAUGACAUUGAUGUUGAUGUUGAUUUGCGAAAAGAAGGCAAUGCAAACAAAAUAUCUAGACGUCAAGCAAUAAUUAGGAUGGAACCAGAUGGAUCAUUCUUUUUGAGGAAUAUUGGGAAGAGCUCAAUAACAGUGAACGGCAAGACAGUUGAUAAUGGAAAAAUGCAGCUACUAAGCUCUAGUUGUCUGAUUGAGAUCAAAGGAAUGGGCUUUGUAUUUGAGAUGAAUAGAAAGUAUGUGCAGCGGCACUUGGAUACACAGAAAGACAAAGCAAAGUUUGGCAAGUUUGAUUGGUCAUCUGAAGGGUAGGGUUUUGAAAGCAGAUGAAAACCCAUUGAAAGGUAGCCCCUCUUGUUUAAUUGCUUUCAAUCAGUUACAUAGCUUCCCUGGUGGAUGAGUUUUAUAUCCUUUGUCCGAAUUAAAUCCCCUUUGCCCCAACAACAGGAUGUGUACAUAUGUGAUUCUUAGCAACGAGUGUUUAACUAGAAAUUUAGAAUUAGAAUCCAUUAAUAUAAAGCACCAUACACAAGGUCUUUGUCUAUCCCCCCAUCUGGCUCAAUCAUAUCAAAUAAUUUUAAAAUUUGAUCCAUCCCUACUUUCAUUUUCAUUUAGUUUUUCUUUUCAUUUGUUGGCGAGAUGGUAAUGGUCAGAAGAGGAGAUCGGAAGGUCCUUCUAGUCAUUGUUAGAUUUGUAUAUGAACGAACAAAUAUAUCGUGUGUUAUAGGAACUGUUUGAAAAAUAGUGUCAAAUACUGAGUUUGACUUUGUGGUGAAGAGAUUCAGCUUGUAACUACUAUAUACUCCGUAGUUAAUGAUAGUGGAAGACGGUAUAGGAACUAAUAACCGUAUAUUAAAUUGUUGGUUCCAUGCUCACUUUGGCGUGUCAAACAGAGCGCCCCUGGUUGGUACCUACUUAUAGACUGUAGACAUUUUUUGGGGGGCUACAGUUGGUUCUACAUAUCUAUGCAAUCUAUUAAGUUGAAUAUUUUCUAUUGUGUGAUGUACUGUAUGUUCAAUAUGUAAUAGUUAGUGCUGUUCAAUAUGUUCUUAAACAUUCCUUUUGAAUAUAGAGAACUUGUGCAUUCGGAAAAUUACUGUGCAACCAGAGAGUACCAUGCUCAAUGUGCUUUGCGUGCAUCCGAUAUACGUAUUGGAUUGUUUUGAUUACACUUUAACGAUUGGUUGAGUGGUGUGAGGUCUACGCAUGUAUUCAGGAUGUUCAGGGUUGUCUACUUCUCUUGCUCCCAACAAAUUAUUCUUCAUGCAUCUUUGGUAUAUAGACGACGAGAAAAUUCUUGAAACAAGAGUGAAAACGUUUGAGAAUUUCAAAAUAGGAUUAUCGUGUUUUUAUUCAUUAAAUAAGAGUGAGUAAUUACCGCCAAACUUUGAAAGGUACGGCUAUAUUUAAAGUUUAGUACGGCCAAAACAUGACAAUCAUUACUCCUAUUUAGGGGGAGUACACAUACGUUUUUACUAUUAGGGCAAUUUCCUAUGGACUAAUACAGUAGUGUGAAUUGCCCUUUCAUAAAAAACAUACAAUAAAUAAUAUGGUGUGUAAUAUCUCUAAUAUAUUUGAAAAUAAAUCUAAUUUGUGGUACAGUGUAAAGUGAUCUCAAAUUUGUUUGCAUGGCAUUAUGGAGAGGUGGGAAUGGUUUGUGAGACUGAUAUGUGACACGUCAAUAAAUCUAAUUAUUUUGGUAAACUAUCUGCUUCUAGUAUAAAUGGACAUUGCUGAGGUUUCAGAGUUUGAAAACGAAAUUUUGCGUGAAUUUGUCCUUGAGAAAUUGAAAUAGAGUACAUAAAGCAAUAGAAAAAAGUUAUUUAAGUGUAACAUCAUUUAAGCUUUAGUCCCCAAAAAGUCUAAAGUAAGUUGACAUAUCAAAUCAAAACUAAAAAGAUAGAAGAAAAACUCACAUAAAUAAGCUCAAAAAUUUAUGACCUCAAUAUGAACUAUUAGUAAUUCCAAUAUUAUUUAUAUUAUGAUGGGUAUCUUGACUAUCUUCCCAAAAUAAAUCGGUUAUUCGCAUAAAUAAAUUCAGCAAGUCACCGGGACAGGAGACGUUGUCCCUUGUCCCAUCCUUGGCGCCAUCGCUAUCAAGGCCGGCUAUAGAUUUUUAAUGGUCUACUGCCAUUACCAAUGGCUAUCAAGGCUGGCUAUAGUCUAGAUUUUUAAUGGUCUAUUGCCAAUUUGCCAUUACCAAUGGCUCUUCAACGUCAGCGGUUCAUCCUUCUUCAUCAUCGUCCAUCUGAGAUGUUCUUGGACCGUUGGAUGUUGGUCCUCCGUUCAUCCUGACUGUUCAUUGUAGCUAUUCGUCCGUUCAUCCCAACUGGUCUCCAUCGUCGAUUGCCCAUCAUUCAAGUUUCAUCAACAAUUGUGAUAAAUAAUGUCACGUUGGAAAUGAAAUGAUCAAAUUAAACUUUCCAAAUCUGAAUCGAAAGAAUGAGUACAAAUUUGAGGUGCAAAUUUGAGAAUGAAGUGGAAGUUGGGAAAGAAAUUUUCUUAUUCAGUGGAUGGGAAGAAAAAAGAACAGAAAUAAAAAAGAGGAGAAAGAGAAGCCUGGCUUUUAUAGACGAACAAAGCAAGGAUAGUUCGACACUUCGACUGUUCAACUAUUUUACGUUUUCUUUUAAUUUGUUUCACCUGUUGAGCAGGUUACAAGUAACCUUGAUCAAUUUGGAAAGGUUGCAGGUAAAUUUGAGAUUAUUUUAGAAUUAUGUAUAUUUGGGGAAAGUUCGCGAAAUAGGACUAAAAUAGGACUGUCAUAUUUUUUAUUCCCAAAGUAGGACUAACUACUGACAUGUUUAGAAAAUUCUGACAUGUUUGAAGUUUGGUACUGCCAAAACAUGACAGUAAUUAGUCCUAUUUUUUUGGAAUAAAAAUAUGGUAGUCCUAUUUUGGAAUUUUCAAAUUGUUUUAGUCUUAUUUCGGGUAAUAUUUCGUAUAUUUGGGAUUAAACAUUAGAAGACCUCUUAUAGACAUCUCCUAUAUCAUACAUCCGGGUGUACUUAUACACUCGACAUUUUUGUAAUUUUGUUCAACUUUGAUUCCUUUAAUUCCUUGCUUAUUCUUUGUUUAUCCGUUACUUUUGGAGUUGUGGACUUCUUAGGUGGGCCGGUCAUUUUGCCAGGUGUACCAAAGCUAGGCAAAUCAGUUUUUAGAACACCUAAAAACCAACUCCAAGAAUCAUUAUUUUCAGCCUCCACCCCUGCCCAAGCAACAAGGUACAUUUGAUUGUUCUCAUCUCUUCCAACAGCACACAACAACAUUCCACCUAAAAAUGUCUUUAAGAAGCACCCGUCUACACAUAGCACAGAUCUGCAUCCACUUAUAAACCCAUCUCUCAAUGGAUGGCGGCGGGUGCCAUUGGGAGGGUGGGGAGGGACAUUGAUGAGAUGGCGGCGGUCGGAGUAUUUUUCCGAUGGGUGGGCGUAACUGGAAAAUAAGGUGUCACUGGAAACUGAGUUUAGUGUAAUUCGGUAAACUUAAUUAAUGCUUAUUAGUCAUAUUUUAAAAUAUUUAAAGAAAAUGUCACUUUUUGUUCACUAUUCAUUUUUUAGUAAUAUUCAGGUUAAAACUUCAUUAGUAAUACCUAUUUUUUACGGAUUAGUUCAUGCCUAUCACUAGAUCCCAAAAAUAGAAGCAUUUGCCAAAGCAUAAAAUACCUCUUUCUCCUGCGCUUUUGACCAUUUCGGAUUGGGAGAUUUCAACAAGUAGGAGCAAAACGUACGAAUUUUCCAAAACUAAGACCGAAGUUUAGCGUAAGACUCAACUACACCUGCAUUGACCACAAUACCCUUACUUUUAGAAAAUAACAGACAUUAAAUAGACAAUAAAUAGACAAUAAGUAGACAAUAAACAAACAAUGAAGAAAAUUGAUAAAUGUCUUGCAGGGAUGUUCUCCAAAUCAAUUCACGAUGCUUUGCUUUCCAGAUACUUCGCCGCCCAAAGUCUCUGUUUCUUCCUUCGCCGUCCAAAUCGAUCACUUCAUCCAUGUCUACGCCUUCUUCCUUUUUGGAAUUCAUCAGAUUUGUAGUUGAAUUGCUAGAGGAAGCUCAUCAGAUUUCUAGGUGGUCUUGCCGGAGAAUAUGGCAUCGUCGCCAUUCGCACCGGAGGACACGACGGCGGAGGCGGUCUCACCGACGGACACGACGGCGGAGGAAGUAGCGCCGUGGGAUGUAGAGGCGUAGCAGUGUCACUGGCCUUCGCACAAGGAGAACGAAGGAGAGGGUUGCGGUGAUGUUAACGGGAAGGGUAAAAAUGGAAGACAAAAAUAAAGUUUCCUAAAACGGUGCUAAAUAGAUCCUACGCAUGGGAAAAACAUAGCUUAAUCCUACUUUUGUAAAGUUCCUUUGAUUUGAUCCUAUAGAGAGCAAUUUUCUCUUUCGGAUUUUGCAGUUGUUGGUGAGAUAUAUGGUUUGUCUUCGUGAGUGUGUUUUCACUCCGGCCAUCAAAUGGAAAUGAAGUGUUUAUGGUAAGA